UUUCAACACUACUAUAUAACAAAUAAUUUGAGAAUUGAUGGAUGCACAGUGGGGCGGCAACUCAGUCUCACUUGGCAAAGCAGGACCUUGCAACUCUUGAUGUAUCAAAGCUUACGCCAUUAACUCCUGAGGUCAUCAGUCGACAGGCUACAAUAAACAUCGGAACUAUUGGUCAUGUAGCUCACGGUAAAUCUACUGUGGUCAAAGCUAUAAGUGGUGUACAAACUGUAAGAUUCAAGAACGAGCUGCAGAAGAAUAUCACUAUUAAGCUAGGGUAUGCUAAUGCUAAGAUCUACAAGUGUGACAGUACCCAGUGUCCUCGUCCCACCUGUUACAGGUCCGCAUCCAGCAUAAAAGAAGAUGUGUUCCCCUGUGAUCGGCUGGGCUGCAAGGGCAAGUUCAGGCUGUUGCGACACGUCAGUUUCGUGGAUUGUCCUGGUCACGACAUUCUUAUGGCAACCAUGUUGAACGGUGCAGCUAUCAUGGACGCUGCUUUGCUUCUUAUUGCUGGAAACGAGACAUGUCCUCAGCCACAGACGUCUGAGCAUAUGGCAGCUAUUGAUGUCAUGGACCUCAAACAUAUCAUUAUUUUACAAAAUAAAAUAGAUCUCAUCAAGGAACAGCAGGCAAUUGAACAACACAGAGAUAUCGUGGAUUUUGUAAAAGGUACCAUGGCAGAAAACGCCCCUAUCAUACCCAUAUCCGCUCAACUGAAGUAUAACAUCGAAGUUAUCUCAGAAUAUGUGGUUAAGAAAAUUCCUAUCCCCUUGAGAGACUUUACUUCUGAACCAAGACUCAUCGUAAUCAGAUCAUUUGAUGUGAACAAGCCAGGAAGUGAGGUUGAAAGUCUGAAGGGUGGUGUGGCCGGUGGUUCAUUACUCAAGGGUGUGCUCAAAGUUGGCCAGGAAAUAGAGGUGAGACCGGGUAUCACAACCAAAGACGCGGAGGGUAACCUACAUUGUGUUCCUAUAAGGUCACGUGUCCUGACCAUGUUUGCUGAGAACAACGAUCUCCAGUUUGCUGUUCCUGGCGGUUUGAUUGGUGUUGGAACUAAAAUUGACCCAACCCUGUGUAUUGGUGACAGAUUGGUCGGACAUGUAAUUGGUUCAGAGGGAUCUUUACCUCCUAUAUACACACUCAUUGAAAUCCAGUAUCAUCUGAUGAGAAGGUUACUGGGAGUCAGAACAGAAGGAAAAUCAAAAGGAGCUAAAGUUGAUAAUCUGUCGAAGAAUGAAGUAUUACUCGUCAACAUAGGAUCUUUAUCAGCGGGUGGCCGUGUCUCAGCUAUCAGAGAAACAAAGAACAAACAUGGAGCCGUAGACAAACGAGCCAAGGUGAUUCUAACCAGCGCAGUUUGUACAGAUGUCGGGGAAAAGAUAGCUAUCAGUAGGAAAAUUAACAAACAUUGGCGUCUUAUUGGUUGGGGCACAAUCAAGGGUGGGCAAAAGAUGACUAUUUGAAUGGAGUUGAUUUAUUUUUAACGAUUGUGUUGGUUCCUGCUUUUCUUUACCCUGUUA